AUGAGUUGGAUGGACUCCUGGUCGCGACCAGGCAAACAUGCUGCAGUACCACCUCCAUUCUAUCUCACCCAGGGAGAAGAUGUCCCCUACUGCCGAACUUGUGGUAUUCGCAAGCAGCAACAAAAGGGGCCAGGUACCAUCAAAUAUUGCUCCGAUCGGUGUCGAAAUCGGAAGCCAGGCCCGGCGGACAAGAAGGUGGAGAGAGUGAUAGUGGCUCUCUUGAAUGCAGAGCCGGGAUCCGGGAUCGAGAGGACUGCCGCUUCUUCCAAGUUGACCAAGGGCGACCGACGAAUCAUCGUGACAUGCGAAGAAAUCGAAGAUGUCGUCUUCGGCAGGAGACACGAUCCUACGAAAACAUUCGGGCGCAAAAAAAAUCGCGCGAGCCGGGCACUGCAAGAAGAGGGUGAGUGGAAAAGUGUUGACAUGGACGAAAACCACGAGUUCUCCUCCGAUCAGGAUGUCUCGCUGGAAGAGGCUGGUCAUCAACGAAUCCGUCCAAAGGUUCGGCCAUCUCAGCUGGAAUCUGACGUCAAUGGAAGCAUUGGUGGAGAGAAAGGCUGGGCCGAGCGUCACUCUGAAACUCCCGAGGAGUACGAGAAGAGACUGGAGGGACAGCAGCGCGCCGAAGAGCGCGAGAUGGUCCGUCGAGCCGCGAGGCGAGGUGUUGUGUUCGGGUUUGAUGUGGAUCACUCAAAAUCGGAUACUCAAACACAGCAGGUCAACGGGAACUCGGAGUUGCGUCAGAAUGGAAUCAAAACGGGACAUCAACCUUCUCCACCAUUGCGACGAAAGUGUGAAGCCCUAAUGAACGGUUCUGUGGUGGAGCCCAGCUUUGCCAAGGGUAAUUGGGCUAUUCGAUGGAGAGAGUAG